CCACGACCAAAGAUUUUUCCUAUUUUUGGUUUUUUUUUUUGUUUUUGUUUUCCGUUUCAGAUUCGUUCGUCGCUGGUGAAAGAUAACAUCUUCCGUUAGAUAAGAGUUUAAGCGGUUUUUCGCAAUGUUGAUGGUAACAGUCAAAGUUAGCAAUGUUUCUCUAGGAACAACGGAACAAGAACUCAAAGAAUUCUUCUCUUUCUCCGGCGAUAUUGUUUACCUCGAGACACAACAAAGUGAGAAUGAAGAUUCCAAAUUAGCAUAUGUCACAUUCAAAGAUUUACAAGGAGCUGAAACCGCAGUUCUCCUCACUGGAGCAACGAUUGUUAAUUCAUCGGUCACGGUCACAAUGUCACCGGAUUAUCAGUUACCUCUUGAUGUUCUACAUUCCAUUAGCAACAAAUCAUCAUCACCUCCUCGAGAAGAUGUAUCUGUAUUUAGAAAAGCUGAAGAUGUUGUAAGAAGUAUGAUCUCAAAAGGGUUUGUUCUAGGGAAAGACGCGAUAGCUAAAGCCAAAAGUCUUGAUGAAAAGCAUCAACUAACAUCAAUAGCUUCAGCUAGAGUCACGUCUUUCGACAAAAGAAUCGGAUUCACCGAGAAAAUCAACACCGGGACAACGGUCGUUACCGAGAAGGUGAAGGAAGUUGAUCAGAAAUUUCAAGUCACAGAGAAAACCAAAUCCGCAAUCGCUGCAGCUGAGCAGACGGUGAGCAAUGCUGGUUCGACCAUAAUGAAAAACCGGUAUAUCUUAACCGGUACCACUUGGGUUACUGGUGCGUUUAACAGAGUGAGUAAAGCUGCUGAAGAAGUUGGACAAAAGGCGAAAGAUAGAGUUGGUAUGGCUGAGGAAGAAGAAGAGAAGACGAAAGUUGUUGUCGUUGAUGAAGUAGCUAGUGUUCAUUUGUCUGAAUCACCAAAAGCUUUAGACCAAUCAGAACAAGAUUCAAAACUCUCUAAAUCGCAACCGCAAACGCAAAACAAGCAGGAGUCUACUACUACUCCAAUUCUUGCUUCAGAACAACCUUGAGAUACAUGUAUAAGAAUCAUUCUCCCAACUUCUGUUGUUGUUUAUUUUGUUUCUUCUUGUUUUAUUGAGUUCAUUUGUUUGAACCUUUUUUUGUUGUUGCUUUAUUUUCUUUAAGAGUUCUCCAACCCAACGAUACGACUUAUAUGACUUGAAG